AGAGCACAGCAGGUCCAUGAAUUACAGGAGUGACUUAAUCCGCCAAUGUGUCUGACCUUCCUGUUCGUUUGUGAGAUAUUUGACACACAAAUAUGAACGUUGACUUGUUGAGAUCCGAAGAAAAACUCCUUCAUGUCGACCUCCAUGUGGAUGAGCAUGAACCUCAAAAAGACAUUUUGGAUCUUCUCAGCAGACUACGUCCACAAUGGAAGGCACAGGAUAUUCAGCUGAAGACGUUCACAGAAGGCCUCACCAACCAGCUGAUCGGUUGCUACGUGGGCUCUCUCCAGGAGUCGGACUGUGUUCUGGUGCGACUGUAUGGGAAAAUGACAGAACUUUACAUAAAUCGAAAUAGGGAAGUUGAAAUGUUCCAGCUUCUUCAUGCCCAUGGGUGUGGCCCGGAGAUCUACUGCAGCUUCAACAAUGGAAUCUGCUAUGAGUUUGUUCAAGGAAAAGUGCUGGAUGACGAGGUCCUUCACCAACCAUCCAUCUACAGACUGAUUGCAGUGGAAAUGGGAAGAAUCCACUCCAUCCAACCAAAUACUGACAGGCCAGUAGAACCACUGCUGUGGAAGGACAUGUCCCAUUUGCUCACCCUUCUGCAGUCGAGUGAGCAUCAACCUCAGCAACAGCCAUGUGCACAGAGGUCGAUCACAGUUGAAGAAUUACCCAACAUCGAGACUCUGUCAGCUGAAAUGGAAUCCUUGAAGAGACAUCUUUCCCAGAUUCACUCACCAACAGUACUCUGUCACAACGACCUCCUGACUAAGAACAUCAUCUACAAUGAGGCAGAGGGAACAGUGAAAUUCAUUGACUACGAGUACGCUGGUUACAACUAUCAAGCCUUCGAUAUUGGCAAUCAUUUCAACGAAUUCGCAGGUGUCAAUGAAGUGAACUUCGGCCAGUACCCCAGCCAGGAGCUACAGCGAGAAUGGCUCGAAGCUUAUCUCGAGAGCUUUAAAGUCUCUGCUGGAUCUGAAGCCACAGUCACAGAAGCAGAGGUCACACAGCUCUACGUUCAAGUCUGCAAAUUUUCUCUGGCAUCAAACUUCUUCUGGGGUCUCUGGGCCAUCCUCCAGUCACGAUUCUCUUCGAUCGACUUUGACUUCCAAAGAUAUGCCAUGGCAAGACUCAACUUCUACUUUGAAAAGAAGGAGGAAUAUUUUAUGUUGACAAUCAUCUAAGAAUGGAAUCAUUCAUAGUGGAUUUCCCCAUACUGUGUGAAGUGGGUUACACAGCAAGAUUUAUUUGCACCAAGUAAGGGCCACUCAAGUUCAUAAAUGUCUCCCUGAAUGUUUGUUAUUUCAGGCAGUAUACCGAUAAGCCUGUUUGGCUGACUCUGAACAGUUUAUCGCCAGGGACACAUUAAUUGGUGCUCCAUAAAGUGAAGUUACAUCGACCACAAAACUGAAGCUGAAUCAUAAAACCUAUCCAGUUGAUGGGAACCUUAAAUUAUGUUUUAAUAAGAAAUUCACAUAAUUGUGGUUCAGCAGGCCUAUUUUUCCUCAUAUGUGCAGUUCAUUAUGUGCAGUGAAUUUUGGGUGUGCUGUGAUUGUAGAUUUGUACUGUAUAAUAAAAUUUGUCUUCAAGUUGAUU